AUGUCCGAAAAAGCCUUCCCCCUUGCUGAUGCCGACUUGACCGUCGCCUUGUUGGAGCUCGUUCAACAAGCCACCAACUACAAGCAAACCAAGAAGGGAGCCAACGAAGCCACCAAGACUCUGAACCGUGGUAUUUCCGAACUCAUCAUCAUGGCUGCUGACGCCGAGCCCAUUGAAAUUCUUCUUCAUUUGCCCUUGUUGUGCGAAGAUAAGAAUGUCCCAUAUGUAUUUAUUCCAAGCAAGGUCGCCUUGGGACGUGCCUGUGGUGUCUCCCGUCCAGUGAUUGCUACUUCCAUCACUACCAACGAGGCUUCUCAACUCAAGUCUACCAUUGAUGGUAUGAAGAUCAAGAUUGAACAGCUCUUGAUCUAA